AUGUCAUUGGUAGUAUAAUACCAAUUUCCAAUUUGGUACCCUCUCACCUACUCAUUGUUGAGCGGUCUUCCGGGUUUUCUACCAAUUUUUAUCUAUUAAUUUAGGGAUCAGGAAAGCUCGAAGUGGUUGUGAUCGGCGACAGCCUAGCUCACGACGUGUUCCUUGGCCUGGCUUAUCAGUGGAAAGACACUUACAGCCGGAUAUCUUUGAUUUCGAACAAAGACGGAGCGCCAUUUCAGAACAGCUCAAGAAGUCUUUACCUAAAUGCUUUGCUAAAUUGGGACAGACCGAUUGAUGUGAUCGUUAUUCAGCACUCGUAAGUUUAUCGCAGUGUCUCGGGAAAAUGAGCACUCUGUCGCAUCAAAAAUUGCAUCGCCGCCGAAAAAAUGAAUUGAGUCUCGGCAAAAUCAAAUUGCCUGUCACUUCACUGUGUAGCGAAAUUGUGCUCAUUAUUUUCCUGACAGACUGGUAGUACAGCAACUGACCGCUAUUUAUUUAGUUUUAACCUGCUGAGCGAUGAAUACGUAUCGAACAUGGCGAACGAUAUGACAUCGUUUUAUUCGGCGCUUCGUGACAUCGCAUCAAAAGCAAUUUUGCUGGGGUAUCCGGAAAAGAGGUCUGACCGCUCAGAGAUUUCAAAAGUCUUCAACGAGGAUCUUCCUUAUCCAACUUUAAAUUUUCCUCGAGUUGUAAGCCAAGUUUCAUCGCCUUUGCAAAGCUUCUUUUAGGACCAUUCCAAAAGAAAUUUGAGAAUUCAACGGAUGAUAGCGCGCCCGGAUUGCCCAAAAUGCAUCCGCGUUGAUUUUACAAAGGCCUUUUGCACUCACAUCGACGACGAAUGCUUCUCAAUGCUGCCAAAUGGCCUGACAAUAUUCCGCGACAGUUUGCACACAACUUUAAUUGGCUCGAUGUUGAUUUCGCGAGAAUUUAUUGACGCAUACUCUCAGAAAUUUGAGUGA